CCUUUUUAAACCGGAAGCUGAGCUGUCGGUUGUGUUUUGGAAGUUGGUGGUCACGUGAGCUUCCGUCGUCAUUGGGAGAGUGAGUCCAGACAUGGCGGCGGAGCCUGCGUUCAAGGUGAUAUUUGAACACGAGGGAGUCUUCCUCCAUCCCAGCAGUGAUGAGGAGAUCGAGCCAGACUUCCUGGUUUCAGGAACCCUCCGGAUCCUUGAGAAGGACGCCGAGAUCGUGGUGGAGUAUAGACCUCUGGAGGACGGCGUCGACCCCUCAAACAUGCUCUGUGCUGGGAAGGACUCGAGCUCGGUGGUGGAGUGGGCUCAGUGUCCAGGGGACCGUCCACAGUCUCAGCAGCUGUUGGAGGCUCAGCUGAGCUACGAGACAGAGUGGGACAUGGUGAACGCCGUGUCGUUCAGGAAGAGGCGAAGCUCCAACAUGGAGGGUUCUCUCAACAGCAGCCACGAGAGGAGCCGCUUGGCCUUCGCCUUCAGUGUCAGUGACCUCCGCUCCGUCACGGUGAGGGAGGAGGGCUGGACCUUCAUCAUCCUGCAGCUGAAGGACUCCUCCACCCCGCUGCCACAUCUGCACUUCCACCAGGGUGGCAGCAGAGCGUUCCUGGACAGCCUGAGGAGGUUCGCUCUGCUCACAGAGUCUCCCAGCGACCACACGUGCCUGCUGGUCAGCACGCCAAACAAAGCUCUGUCGCAGUCCUUCGAGAACCUUCUGGACGACAACAACUUCGGCCUGGUUCACAAGUUCAAGCGGGACCCGUAUGUCACCACGCUCGGCGGCUUCUCCAAAGUCACAAACUACUUAUUCGACGCGCUGCGGGGGAUGGAGGAGCAGCAACAGCGCCCCCCAGAGGAAGUGGCCGACCUGCUGGGCGAGGUCAUCCCGGGGCUGGAGAUCAACCAGCAGGAAGAGCCGGGCUUCGAGGUCAUCACCAGGAUCGACCUGGGCACGAGGCCCGAGGUGAGCAGGAAGUCGCCGCUGACUGCAGACGACUGGGCGCGACACCAGGAUGCAGACGGGAGGAUGAAGGAUGUCCCAGACCUGAAACACGCCGUCUUCAAGGGGGGUCUGUGCCACGCCCUCAGGAAGGAGGCCUGGAAGUUCCUGCUGGGGUAUUAUCCCUGGGAGAGCACGCACGAGGAGAGGAAGACCCUGCAGAGAGAGAAAACUGAUGAAUACUUCAGGAUGAAGCUGCAGUGGAAAUCUGUGAGUGAGGAGCAGGAGAGGAGGAACUCCAGACUGAGAGACUACCGCAGUCUGAUCGAGAAGGACGUGAACCGAACAGACCGAACGAACCGCUUCUACGAGGGCAUCGACAACCCGGGCCUGGUCCUGCUGCACGACAUCCUCAUGACCUACUGCAUGUACGACUUCGACCUGGGUUACGUUCAGGGCAUGAGCGACCUGCUGUCGCCCAUCCUCUACGUCAUGGAGAAUGAGGUCGAGGCUUUCUGGUGCUUCGUGGCCUUCAUGGACCAGAUGCACGAGAACUUUGAGGAGCAGAUGCAGGGCAUGAAGACUCAGCUGAUCCAGCUCAGCUCGCUACUCAGGCUGCUCGACCUUGCCUUCUGGAACUACCUCGAGUCUCAGGAUUCAGGAUACCUGUAUUUCUGCUUCCGCUGGCUGCUCAUCAGGUUCAAGAGGGAACUGAGCUUCGUGGACGUGCUGCGGCUCUGGGAGGUGAUGUGGACCGGGCUGCCCUGCGAGAACUUUCACCUGCUGGUGUGCUGCGCCAUCCUGGACUCAGAGAAGCAGAAGAUCAUGGAGGAGAACUACGGCUUCAACGAGAUCCUGAAGCACAUCAACGAGCUCUCCAUGAAGCUGGACAUCGAGGAGAUCCUGCAGAAAGCUGAGGGCAUCUGUCUGCAGAUCAGGAGCUGCAAGGACCUCCCUCGCCCUGUCGCCACCAUCUUGGGCUUUGACGUCGAGUCUCGCCGUGCAGGCUCGACCGAUUGCGGCUCGGCGGUGACUUUCGGAGCAGCUCGGCGGGAGGUUGGCGUCUCCAACGGACACUCGAGAGAAAGCAGCUGCGAGCAGAGUGGCAGAGGGGCCUUUGUAUCGUAGUGAAGAGUGGAGAUGGACUGUGUGUGGGUGGGGUGAAUCUGUGGCCCCGCCUCACUGGAGGAGGGUGUGUGUGUGU